ACCGGCCACUGCUUCUCAGGCGAAUACUACGCCACGUUCGUCCCGUCAGAGCCCAAGUCCUGCCCCUGCGGCGCUCACUACCAGUCCCAAUCACACAUCCUCGAACACUGCCCAAUGUACGACCACGCACGCCAUCACCUCCACAAACCAGGCGAGGACAUCUCCCUCACCAACAUACUCGGAACCAAGGCUGGACUCGAGGGCCUUGCCAAAUUCCUGAAGAAAACCACGGCCUUCAAAAAGACCACAUUAGAACACGACGAGAAUGAGGACCCCUUGGCCACGCAGUAG